UGUAAAUUUAUUUCUUCAGGCUAAAGAAAAAUAUUUAUAAUAAAUUAUAAAAUAUGUCUACGCGUCGAUCAAUAUGGCGUCAUGAGACAAUUGCAUCGGUAUCGCUUUCUAGAGAUGUGACGGAUCACUUGAGGGGCAGUAAAAAAUGGGAGCUCAGCAUAUUGAGGGAGUAUUGCAGAGAAAAGGAUAUGGAGGAGUUCUACAAGGGCUACAUGCGACGCCUGCACAUAAAUCAACUUUAUUCGUUUAUAGUAAUGCUCGUGCUUAAUACAGGUAUUCACGCAGGGCUGCUGCUCGCCACACUAUCGUCACAGGAAAGAAAAGAGACCUACAGAGAUGUGUGCAUAUAUAUUGGUGCCACCAUACUGAUAAUUAUCAUAUUAGCAAUCGGCUUAAAGAGGCAAAAAUCAUAUACGCUAAGGACUAAUGUGAUAUCGUUUCUGGUCGUCGUAGUGCUCAUUGGAAUGGAUGUCUCUGUACCACUUCUGCAUACCUUAAGGCGCAAUAUCACCUUACCAGUUUAUAUGAAUUUCAUCAUAAUCUCUAUAUAUUGCUUUAUGCCGAUUUUCAGCGAUAUUUAUGCGAUUAUAUUGGGAAUUUCGGCAUCGGCAUUUUACGUGGUCUUUUUGAAAUUACAAGUCUAUGUUUGGACAGAGCAGGGUUCGAAAAGUUUUGACUACACAAAAGGCACCGCCGAAUAUAUAGCGUUAUGCUGUAUGAAUUUUUUUGGGAUAUUUAUGCGUUUCACACGCGAAAUGAACAUACGCAUGACAUUUCUGGAUAAACGUCAGUGCAUAGAGGAGGAUCUACUGUUCCAUGCUGCUAAAGACCAAGAGAAAAGUCUCUUAUUGAGUAUGAUACCACAGCAGAUCGCGAAACAAAUUGAGGAGGAUGUUAAGCUGCGCAUUGAGCUUAUGAAAAACCCAGACUCGGCGCAUUCGUUAGAAAAAAUAAGAAAGCUCUUCAUAGAGCCUCACGACGAUGUCACGAUUCUUUAUGCGGACAUAGUCAACUAUACCAGGCUCACAACAACUUUGGAUGCGAAAACCCUUGUGGAGACGCUACAUGAACUCUUUGUGAGAUUCGAUGACGGCGCACAGGAGUUAGAUGUCUUGAGAAUACAGUUCUUGGGUGAUUGUUAUUAUUGUGCGGCGAACGUUUCCAUACCCAACGAAGAGCACGCCAGAGCUUGUGUGAAACUUGGCCUGCGCAUGAUUGACGACAUACGUGAAGUGGGAGAGAAUAGACAUUUAGGUAUUGAUAUGCGCAUUGGCGUACAUUCCGGCAGUGCCUUAUCCGGCGUUAUCGGCGCCACCAAGUGGCAAUUUGAUAUAUACUCGAAAGAUGUCGAAAUCGCCAAUCACUUGGAAAGCACUGGCUUGCCGGGUAGGGUACAUAUAAGUAAAGAAACCUUGGAACGACUGGAUAAAAGAUUUGAAUACGAAGCGGGUACAAAAGCGGCACGCUUUGAUCCACUCUUGCGAAAACACCAAAUCACCACAUUCUUAAUUAUAAGACCCCAGGUUGAAGUAGGCGUACAAAUGCGACGAUCGAUAUUUACGCGAGGAAUGUCCACUGAUGAGGAAUUUAAAGAUGUUGAUUCGGUGCAAAAAAUGAGAACGCUGGUGCAUUUCGAGAUGAAUCAAGAAAGUAGCAAAUUUCCAAUUUUCGGUUUGGUGCAGCAGUAUAAAAAAUUGAUGUAUGGACAACGUUCACGCGGCAGAGGGAGUGAGAGUGAAAAGUCUAAUUUCUAUGCGAACAUUUCAUGGCUUUUUUUGUGCUACAAGAAUUGGCGUUGGGAGUAUAACUACAUUCAACAAUCCGAUAUAUUACACAAAUACAGCGUACUAAUCAGCAUGUUAGUCACCUGGGGCUUAAUAUUAAUACAAUAUUUCAACGGAGAACAAAUUUCUAUAUUUUGGGAUUUCGCGAUUUGCACAGUGGUUUUUUUCCUAGUCAUCGCUUGUUUGAUGUGGUAUAGAAAAGCGUGGUCAUACUUUUGUGGUACAGUACUAAUAACGGGGCCCAGACAAAAGCUCAGCUACUGGAUAUACAAACUUUCGGAUAAAGCACAAAAAAGUCUCAAGUUUCGUACCAUCGUUUAUUUGUCAAUAGUACUGAUACAAUUCUGUUUGAUUACAAUGCAAAUGCUAGAUUGCAAUCAGUUCCAAGUUGUGAAUGAAGUUAUCGAAACUCAUGCAAAUCAGAAUGAUAUAAAUAACGUAUGCUUUGUGCCCUGGGCUGUCACCGAGUCUGUGGUGAUACAUGUCGGCACAAUAUUUUUAUUCACGCACAUUUCUUACAUUUUAAAAUGGAUCAUUGCACUGUCCGUGACCAUAUUUUAUAUAAUUAUAGUAUUUGCGGUCUAUGAUUUCUUGUUCGAAUAUAGCGUAAGCUCCAAUCCAUAUUUCUUUCCCCAAUUCGCACAUAUAAUGGUGCUGUGUAGAACCGCUUGGAUAUUCCAUAUAAUGAACAGAGAAAUUGAAUUUAUUUCACGAAUGGACUUUAAUUGGAAGCAUGAGCUGAGAAAGAAAAAGGAAGACGCAAAAUUUACAAACCAGACCAUUUCAAUUUUGAUUGCUAAUAUUUUACCAACCCAUAUAGUGAGUAUUUAUAUGAAAGAUCAGUUGACGAGUGAGCUCUGCUAUGAGGAAUAUGAAAAUGUGGCAGUGAUGUUUGCAACCAUACGGAAUUACGACACCGAACAGGUUGGAAUGCGUGUUUUGAAUGAAAUCAUUUGUGAUUUUGAUGAAGUGCUAAGCACAUACCAGGGCAUCGAUAAAAUUGAGAAAAUCAAAGUUGCUGGUUGGACAUAUAUGGCUGCAUGUGGUUUAAAUGCUGGUAACUCAAUAAUUAAAAAAAAUCGAAUGUUCUCCACAUCGUCGUCCGCUGGCGAUAUUAAUGCAAUUUUAUCGAGGAGUAUCUUCUCAGAAUUAAAUGAUGCACCAAAUGAUAUACUUAAUCCGGAUAGUACAACUGUGGGAAAUGAUGUUGUAUUCGUUAUGCUAAGCUUUGCUUUGGAUCUUCUGCAAAAAAUGAAAGAAUUCAACGAGGAGAAUAUUCAAACUGAUGAUAAGAAACGUAGUCAAGGUGCUUUGCGUAUUGGCAUAUCGAAUGGUCCUGUUAUGGCCGGCGUUGUGGGCUUGUAUAAACCAUUUUAUGAUAUUUGGGGCAAUGCUGUUAAUAUGGCCUCACGAAUGGACUCCACCGGUUUAGAGAAUUCAAUUCAGGUUACUGAGGAGACUGCAAAUAUAUUGAAGGCUUACAAUGUUGAAUGUACAUAUAGAGGACAGACGUAUGUUAAGGGACGUGACUAUAUUCCCACUUAUUUUGUAAAUAUUGAUGACGACUUAAAUUUCGUGCAACGAGUGAGUGAGGGAACUGAAACCGCCUUUGAUAUUGAAACGCCAUAAAUUUAUAUAACUAACUUAAGUAAUAUUUGUAAAUGCUUAAAGUAAAAUGAGAUUUAUGAGAUAAUUAAUAAAUUGAGUGGCCAAUGGCCGAGAAUAAA